CGGCCCUACCCUGCCCUGCCCUGCCCUGCGCGGUGGCGCGAUGUGAGGCGCCCGAACCGACCGUCCGCCCAGCUCACCAGCCCCGCGCAGCGCCGGCGCCAGUAUGCACUAGAUUUUGUGCUGCUUGAAGGCAAGGCCCUCAGCUCACCUCUUCAUCUCCGGUGCCCAGCGCAGUGCCUGACACACAGCCCACACACCUUGUCCUGGCCACACACUCCUCUCCAGCCAUCUAUAAGGCUCCAUCCAGCCUGUCACCCUGGGUGUGCUGUGCCCACUUAGGCCAGACAGGCUCACACAGUCGGAAGGGCCUUGGGAGCGUCUGCCCCAACCCAUUUUACAGCUCUUUUGCAGAGGCUGGACUCAGGACAAGAUGGCGGCCAAGCAGCCCCCACCCCUGAUGAAGAAGCAUAGCCAGACGGACCUCGUGAGCCGCCUGAAGACUCGGAAGAUCCUUGGUGUGGGCGGGGAGGACGAUGAUGGAGAGGUGCAUCGCUCUAAGAUCAGCCAGGUCUUGGGCAAUGAAAUCAAAUUUGCAGUUCGGGAGCCUUUGGGGCUCAGGGUCUGGCAGUUUGUUUCGGCUGUGCUCUUCUCCGGCAUUGCCAUCAUGGCCCUUGCCUUCCCUGACCAGCUCUACGAUGUAGUCUUUGACGGAGCCGAGGUGACCAGCAAGACCCCAGUCCGCCUUUAUGGCGGUGCUCUCCUCAGCAUCUCCCUGAUCAUGUGGAAUGCUCUAUACACGGCUGAGAAAGUUAUCAUCAGGUGGACUCUGCUUACUGAAGCCUGCUACUUUGGAAUCCAGUUCUUGGUGGUCACUGCCUCACUCGCCGAGACGGGUCUUGUGUCCCUGGGGGUCCUGCUGCUCCUGGCCAGCCGCCUCCUUUUUGUUGUCAUCAGCAUUUACUACUAUUACCAAGUUGGCCGAAGAUCCAAGAAAGUCUAGCCGCCUGCCAGGCCAGGGCCCCCGCCAAUGCCAGGGCAGGUGGGGCUCGGCCUCUGUCACCUUUGGUUCUCGGAGGACAGGACGACCUCUGCCCUGCCCAGCGCUGCCCAUGCCUGCUGCAGGGGGCAGGCCCAGGCAGGCAGGGGCACACCUUCCCCUCCACCCAGGUGCUCCCUGGAUGCGGGGAUUUCUGGGCUUUCAGGUUUGAGAUGCUGGUGUGGGGAGAGACGGGGCCUCUGUACCUCUGUUCUCCACCCCACAUGUGAUGCCUCCUUAAAUUCUUGAGUUUCUUGGUCUCUGAUUCCCCCAACAGACACUGACUAGAGGGCUUGAGUCAUGGGGGUGUUGGGCAAAGUUAGGGUCCUGCCGGAGAUCCUUUGUUUCUUCUUAGAGGGGGGUUGUGGGCUGCUUCCUCCUCUCCCUUGGCCAAGAUAGUGAUUUUGGCUUCUGUUGAUGCCUGGAAAAGCCUGAGAACAGACCUUGUGCUCCUUCCCCUCAGUCUGGGCACCCCCCCCCCACCUAAACACAUGCACACCUUCCCAUGGCCCAGCUGGGGGAUGGGGAGGGCAGGGGUGGGCUCCCUUUCGGCCAUCCUGUGCAGGUGGGCCAGAAGCCUAGACCUGUCUCCACCCCUAGGCUUGGCCCAGCUGGAGCUCUCCUUGGCUCCAGGCUGCUCUGCCUCUCGUGGCACCUCUGCCCCAGGUUCCCAAAGUCCCUGGGAGCCCCCUCCUACCAACCAGUGGGUCCAGAACCUACCAGUGGCCAUAAGCCCUCCCACACAGGUGACUCCAGAUAGAGGCCACCAGUGAGUGAUGGGGUUUGGAGAUGAAGAAGAAAAAUGUGGCAUUUCCAUGUCUCUUGGUAUCUCCUCCAGGGUCUGAUGUUCACCUGGUUCAGCCCAUCUGAGACCCUGGGAGCUAAAGACCCCCUGCCCUGUCCCUCCCUGAAGGCCCACCUGCCCAUGUGUUCCCAUUCGUCCCUGCUUCCUAUGCUGUCCUUCUCUCCAGCACGUUCCCACAUGAGGAACGGGGAGAGGUGUGGAGAGAGAAGCAGCCACAGGCCCCAACUCGCUGCCCUUCUGGAUCCUUAGGUUUCCCCAGCUCUGGCUGCUGUCUAGGUUGCCCUCUGUAUGGCUUACUGGGAACCUUCCCCUGCCCACCCCAGUGCCCAGCUGGCCCUGCAGCCACGCCCAGUGACAGGUCUGUGUCCAGCAGGCUGGUGGCACUGUUACACAAAUGAGAAAGGCCCAGAGGGUACCCCAGGCUAUGCUGCUGGUGACGGGGCUGAGCCAGAUUGGGAACCUGGUCUCCGAAGAAGGGCCCUUUCUCCUGGCAUCCAUCUCUGGCCACUUACGUGUGCCUCUACCCAAAAUCCUGCCCCCUGCUGCUGAGCCUGCCGGGAGCCUGCUGCCUUCUUUGGGUGAAGCUGCUGGCUGUCACUGUUGGUUGGGCAGUGCUCCAGGCUACAGUCCCCCAUCCGAGCCUUUUAAGGCCUGGCUAACCUUUCAACGGCUGGUGGAUGACUUGUCGUCCCAGGUAGAGCUGGGCUCAGCAGGUAGAUUCCACCUGAGGAAGCAGGCUAGUUGUUAGCUGCUGUUGGGUCAGCCCCGACUCGAUCCCGUGGUCGGUGUGGAUCGCAUGUUGGGAUCCACAGGGGUUUUUCAUGGGCUGAAUUUUGAAAGUGGAUGACCAGGCAUUUCUUCUAGCCCAUCUUAGUCUGAAAGCUCUCCUAAAACCUGUUCAGCAUCAGAGCAACACGAAAGCCUCCGCUGACAGGUAGCUGUGCCUGAGGUGCAUUGGCUGAGAAUCAAACCUGGUUUUCCGGCACAGAAGGCGAGAAUUCUACCACUGAACCACCACCGCCCUAGGCAAGCAGGGAGGUGGAAACACAGGCUUUGGGGUCCGCUCUGCAGUGGGCAUCUGCUGGGGCUGAACCUGCUAAGCCUCCAUCUUAGCUGUUGAAUGGAGCAAUUGUCAGGACCUUAUGCGUGGUGGUGAGGACACGCUAGGAUGGGGCCAUCUGGGCUCUGGCACACAGCAGUGUGCCUGAAAUAUGUUGCUGAGUUAAACAUUGUAGUGGGGCAGGAUUUUAUGGGGGUGCCCAGAUAAGGUCUGGGGCAUUAAGGGAAGGAGGACUCAGUAUUGGGAAGGGGCAGUGACAGAAGGGGAGAGGAAGGCCAUGUGGGGGUUCAGCUCUCCUAAAAGCUUGAGGUGACCUGGAACGCCCCCUCCUCCCGGUCCACCCCUGUGGCUGGACCCCAGCACCCUCAAGCCAAGCUCCUGCCUUAGCCUGUCCACCCCCACCCCAAAUCAAGACCACCUUUCUUCACAGUCACUAUUUAUUCUUCGUUCCUCUUUCUUUUCAUAAGAAACUCACAGAAACCAGUGCAAAACCAUCUGUGUGGGCGUCCUGUUUUAUAUUACAAAACUCCUCUUCGUACAUAAUAUAAAAAGGGGGGGGGCUCACAGGAGAUAAAUGUGAUAAAUUAGCUCUGCUAUCUACCGCAAGAAUCAAUUACACUUUUUAAAAUAGAGUUGAUAUAUGAUCCAUAGGGAAGGCAGAAGGGAACUUCCAGAGAGAUGGGAGUGUUGAGUCCUGGGCUGGUUUGAGGGGUCCUGUCCAGGCUCGAUCGGCAUGUAUAGGAGAGAGGGGCCGAUGGAGACUGAGGAGGGGCCUGAGCAGCAAGGCUGGAUACUAACUAACAGGGAGCCGGGGGAGGGGAUCAGCCUCCCUCAACCCCAGCCCUUAUGAUGCAUCCUCCCUUAGCCAAGAUGCGUAAUUUCAGAGCAGGAAAUUGGCUGUCAGCACAGGGCGGAAUGUGUGACUAACAGUGUAAGGUCUUCCCUGUCCCUUUUUCUGUUAGUGGGGUCGGAGGAAGUCUCAGUUGUGGGUGGUUUAAUUCUUGGGGGGGGGGGUGAGUGGGAGUAAAGAAAGAACGCCCCCUUCCCCAACUGCCACCAGAGCCUGUGGUGGGCUGUACCUGAAUCCGCUCAACCUGGGCUCUAGCGGCUGCAGGUCUUGUACCCCAGAGGCGCAAGCCUGAUUUGGGCUGAGUUUCAUGUUUCGAGGCUCCUAGGAACAGUCUCAGGCAGCCUUGCAAAUAACUACCAGCCUGGCCUGAGAGUGUGGUCAGUGGCGGUGGGGGGCGAGGGAGAAUCAUGGCUGAUUCAGAGUUCCUUGGCACCUUUUUAGGAAAGCCCUUGGGGAUAAAAGUUGGUCCACUCCAGAAGGCACCUCACCCAGAUGUUCCUUCAUGACCUGCCCUUCUCCCAAGCUUAUCUUCAUCCUCUCUAAUGUUUAUACGGCCCAGAAGGAGGUGGAAGAAAAAAGACGGGAGGAGAAUGAUGGUGCCAGAUGCCCAGUGCUCGUCAUACCUUGAAGGUCCCCAACCCACCUGGGGACCUCAGAAGGCUGAAAAGUCCCUGGGCUGGAGCCACAAGGCUGCCCAAUUUGACUUCUGAACCCCACUCCACCUGGGUUUGGGUUUUCUGUUAAACUCAGACCAUCCAUUUGCCUUUCCCAGGAAGCUGGAGCUAUGCGUGUGGAUAGGUCUAGAGAGAGGCAGGCCCCAUGCUCACCAUCCCACCCUGAAGUGGGACAGUGGAGAGGAGAGCAGACACCAUGCCUGUCCUUCCAUCCCCACACCUAUGGCAUCAUUAAUCAAGCUUGUGGGAAGACAAUGCCUGACCUCAAUAUUCAGGAAGGGGAGAGAGUACUAGCUGCAGCUCCUGGCUCCUUGGGAUGCCCAGCCUCUAGGGAGCUCAUGGGAUUAUUUAUGGAGCCACCAGGGCAGGCUGCUACAGGGACAAUUUGAGAAGGCUAGGUUUAGAGACCUGGAGAGGGAACAGCAAGGCAUGGGGUAAGGGAUCAAACUGCAUCUGCACGGCAGGCACAGAGCUCCUGGCUGCAUCUCAGAUGGGGAAUGGGUGGCAGAGACGGGAACACUGGGCUCUGGGCCGUAGCUCUGACUCCUCUGGGUGACUAGAAGCCACUUGGGGAGGAUGGGAACUGGCACAGGAUCCCAGGAGACAGAACUAGCUUUUCCCAGGACCCUGACCUGGGACUGGAGAGGAAAGCAGAUUCAGACCUCACUAAUCAAGUUUACUCUUCCUGGCAGACAUUAUUAAUCAAACUUACCAUGCCUGGCAGGCAUCACCAAUAGGGAUUCCUGGGCCCUCUCCCUACUGAGCCCAGCCCGAACCUCAGUAUCCUCGGCAGCCAUUUUUGACAGAUCAGGAUCAAUGUGCCCAUGAAAUCCAGUUGCCAGCACUGGUAUAGAGCUUGAGGCCUGUGUAUGCACAGCUGAUAUGUGGGCGUGAAGGAGUCUGGGAAAAUCUCUCCCUGCCCGAACCUGGAGGGAACACUCAAAAAUGCGAUGUGGACAGAGAAGGGACAGGAAACUAUCACAGAAGUGGCUGAGAUGCCCGGGGGUUCUUUAGCCUGGAGAUAAGAGGGCUCGGGGGAGACAAUGUCUGACCUUAAUGCACCCUCCGGGAAGGAGAGAGGGCAAAGGGGAUGCCACGGAGAA